AUGGAAUCAAAGAUUAUUGUCAUCACAGGUGCUUCCGAUGGUAUUGGAAAGUACACAGCAACACAGCUUGCAAAGCAGGGACAUACAAUCAUCAUUCAUGGAAGGAACCCAGAGAAGACUAAAGCAGCAGCAGAAGAGAUCAUCAACGAGACAGGAAACAAGAACGUGAAAUACUAUCUUGCUGACUUCCUUGACUUCACAUCCAUCAAAGAGUUUGCCGAAAAAGUCAAACACGACUACGAUCAUAUUGAUGUUCUAAUCAACAAUGCAGGUGCACAGUUUGGUAGUGCUCGCGAAACUACCCGUGAUGGGCAUGAGAAGACUAUGAUGGUUAAUGUCUUUGCACCUUUCAUAUUAACGCAUCUCCUCUUGCCUUCCCUCAGUAAAUCACAAGCAGCAAGAGUUGUUACAGUUUCUUCUGCUUCGCACAACAUGGGAGGACAACCUGCUCUUGACGACAUUGAACUUGAGAAAUCAUACACUAUGCCAAGAGCCUAUGGAUUUUCAAAGCUUUACGUCAUAUGGGUAAUGAGACACUUCAUUAAGUUCGCAAAUGAGAAGGGAAUUAAAAAUAUAACAUUUAACUGUGUCCACCCAGGAUCCACAAAUUCUAAUCUCGGCCGUGAGUCAACAAAGAACUGGCUCUGGUGGUUCAUUUAUUUGCUUUGGAAACCAAUGAUGAAUUCAAUGGAAGAUGCUGCACGUCCAAGCAUCACUUGCGCAACAUCGAAAGACCUCGAAGGUGUCACUGGAAAAUAUUAUGGUCCAAAAGGUGAAGAAGCUGUUUAUGAUAAGUUCUACACAGUUGAAAAUGAGCAGAAAGUUUGGGAUUACUGCAUGGAUAUCACAAAACAAUAUUUGUAA